UUGCGAUGGGGCGGUGCAGGCAGCGGCCCCGCCCGGCUCCGGCUCCGGCUCCGGAAGCGGGAGGCGCCGCCGCCGGAGCCGUUUCCUGCCCGGGACGCGGCGGAGCGGAGCGGAGCGGCUCGGAGCCAUGGCUCACCAGACCGGCAUCCACGCCACCACGGAGUUAAGGGACUUUUUUGCCAGAGCCCGAAAUGGUUCAGUUCGGCUCAUCAAGGUCGUCAUUGAGGACGAGCAGCUCGUUCUGGGAGCGCACAAAGAGCUGUCCCGGCGCUGGGACAUGGACUACGAUGCCUUCGUGCUGCCCUUGCUGGAUGAGCAGCAGCCGUGCUAUGUGCUGUAUCGCCUGGACAGCCAGAACGCCCAGGGCUACGAGUGGCUCUUCAUCUCCUGGUCCCCUGACAACUCCCCGGUCAGGCUGAAGAUGUUGUAUGCCGCCACCAGAGCAACAGUGAAGAAGGAAUUUGGAGGGGGGCACAUAAAGGACGAGAUGUUUGGAACAGUUAAGGAGGACGUGUCCCUGAGCGGCUACCAGAAGCACGUCUCCUCCUGCUCCGCGCCCGCCCCGCUGACUGCAGCCGAACAGGAGCUCCAGCAGAUCCGCAUCAACGAGGGUAAAGUGGCCCAGGUGAAGACAGAGAUCAGCGUGGAGAGCAAGCACCAGACCCUGCAGGGCCUGGCCUUCCCCCUGCAGCCGGACGCGCAGCAGGCUAUCCAGGCACUAAAGCAGAAGAAAAUCAACUACAUCCAGCUGAAGCUGGAUCUGGAGCGGGAGACCAUUGACCUGGUGCACACAAGCCCCACAGAGAUAGCUGACCUGCCCAAGAGGAUCCCCCAGGACUCAGCUCGCUACCAUUUCUUCCUCUACAAGCACUCGCAUGAGGGAGACUACCUGGAGUCUGUCGUGUUUAUCUACUCCAUGCCUGGGUACAAGUGCAGCAUCAAGGAGCGCAUGCUCUACUCCAGCUGCAAGAGCCGGUUGCUUGACACUGUGGAGCAAGAUUUUUGUCUGGAGAUAGCAAAGAAGAUUGAGAUCGAUGACGGAGCUGAGCUGACGGCCGAGUUCCUCUAUGACGAGGUGCACCCCAAGCAGCACGCCUUCAAGCAGGCCUUCGCCAAGCCCAAGGGGCCCGUGGGGAAACGGGGACAGAAGCGGCUGAUCAAAGGCCCGGGAGAGAACGGCGAAGACAGUUAGAUGUGGACGGGGCAGGACCGGGCAGUGAACGGACAGCAUCCCUAUGGCAUUUCCCGGCUUCCACCUCUCCGCUUCCAGGCCUUUCUGCUGACCUGGGGAUCUUUCCCCCCAUCUCAGCCUUCCCCCUCGCCCCCUUUUUCCUUUCUCAUUCCUUUUUGAGCAUCAGGACGGGCUGUUUCACUCGAGGGUAGAGCAGUGGGGAGGGGGCAGGUUCUAGGUGUUUGUGUUGCUUUCCCCCUGUCCUUGUGCAAGCCCUGGGGCAGCUGGAGGAGGAUAGGAGCAGCAGGGACCAUGUCCCCAGCCUGCUCUGGUCCCACCUGGGAUCACAGCUGCUGCUCUUGCUUUCCCCCUGGUUUACCUGCGCCAAGUGAAGGACUCACUCACCUGCGAGCUGCUCUAUGCAAAGGAAGGAGGUGACAUCUGGCAUUGACUUGGUAGCUGAAAACGUGAAAUGCUUCUUUCCCUGCUCCCCCUUCCUACAGACUUUGCUCACCACGGCUGUGUGCGCAGUCCUGCUAUGCAAGUCCUGCGGCCAUCCAGGCCCUGCCAGGCUGCAGCCAAGCCCCCAUGCCUCCAGGGUGGGCUUCGCUGCUGUGGCCUCAGCGUCUGGAAGGAGAGUUUGUCUCUUAUCAGAGCCAGCCUGUGUUGUAUCGGAAUUUGAAUUUCAGGCAGUGCAGAUGUCUCUUCCCUUCCUCUUUCCUUCCCUGAUGUCAUACGGAGCAGCCCUUGUGGCCAGAGCACUGGAAACCAAGCACCAGCUUUUGUUUUCCAGCUGCCCCACUCUUGAUGCUGCUUGUGGCUGCCUUGGUGGCUCCCCCAGAGGAAGCUGCCCCCCUCAGCCACCCUGUGCUGCUCUUCAGCCCUGCUCCAGCUCCCCAGUGCCUCCCAUGCCGGGGUGGCUGUGAAGCCCCUCAGGUCUGAGCUUGGUCCUCGGUGCUGGCAGGACAGAGAGAGGCAGGUUUUAAAGCCUGUUUUUCACAGCCAUGCAUGCAGAUGGUGGGCAGGGGAGGAGGAAGGGCAGCACCUGGCUCUGCUUCCCCUUCUGAUCACUCUCUUUAGGUGGAAAAGGGUAAGGUGGAAGGUCUUCCAUGAGUUUGAGGUCAACUUGACCCUGGAGCAGGGUUACUCUGCCUUUUGGCAGUGUUUGGAUCCCUUUAUGACCCAACCCAGAUAAAUUCUUUUCCCUUGGAGGGGGCUGUUACAGCCUGGCCUCAGCCCUGACCCUACUGCCCAGGCUGGGUAAAGGGUGGGGGCCGGCUCUGAUUCCGUGGCAUCCCUGCAACCUGCACCAUCUCCUUGUUCUUCAGCCUCCCCCAUUUGCUUCAUCCGCCUCCCUGUGUUUUACUGGCAUGGGGGGGUGGUCUUGGUGUUUGUGGUGUGAUCACGAGCCAGCAGCAGGGGCUGGGGCUGGCCUGACUCUGCCCUGAUCCUCAGUUUUGUCAUUCCUGGGAGAAACUUCUGGUCCUGGCACCUGUGGGAUGGAUGGACAACUGCAAGGAAACGGGGGGAGGUGGGAUAAAGCCCUGAGCCUAUCUUAAAAAUUCUGUGGGCUACCCCAAAUCCUGGCGGGGGGAAGGCUGGCAGCCCUGGCACAUCCCUCAGCAGCUCUGCCCAGCCCGGGGGCUGUCCCCUCUCCCCUUCCUUGCUGGGUUAGGGCACGCUGCACGUCCCUGGCCACCAAGGGCUGAGGUCAGUGCUGCAGCUUUGGCUUCGUGAGGGGAUUUUGUGAGGGGAGCGUGCCUUGCUGCUGGGUCCUAGUGAGGUCUCAAGAGCUGCCUGCCUUCCCCCCUGCGCUCUCCAGGUGCUGGAAACACCGGGGCUGUGCCCCCUGCCCUUCCCUGCUCGCCGGUGAAUGUGCCGACGUUGCCUUGACCACGUUGGGGUGCUGGCUGCAGGAGCCGGGGUGCCCUGGCAAGGUGGGAUGUGAAGCCUGGGGGGAGCAGAGCAUACUGUACUGAACGCUGUAUUUUCUAAAGAAUAAAGUAUUUUUAAAACA